AUGUUCCGAAACUCACAAAACACUGUAUCGUCUUUAUUUUGUCAUAUUAAUCUUGUACAUCUUUUACACUUCUACGCUGUGUGUAAACAGUACCGAAUAACGCAACGAGCGGGUCGCGAGGUCCGUGAACUAGUUCACCGGGAAGCGCACGGCGGAUGAAUACACUUGUUUACAUUGUGCUCCACGCGGCAGAUGCGGUGUGACUGGGCAGGCAGCGCGCAGCUACGCAAGCUUCAUGGGAACCCGACACAGCGCUCACCAGCUCGCGAAAGUUCGUUCCGCGGUCUCCGUUCAAGUCUUCUAAUCUGUCCGUUGUACAGCCAGAUCAUCCCCGGUUGUCGCACCGACAUGCUGGAGUCCAAGACUGAUCAAACAACCAAUAGCAGUCCAGCUGGGCAGGAAGGUCAGAGCGCAGAGAGUGAGAAGAGAGAAAAUAGGGAAACGUCUUCGUCACUCACAACCCAGAUCCUGCAAACACAAGUGCUACAAGUUUCUCAACAACAACAACAGCAGCAGCAGCAACAGCAGCAGAGUGGGAAGAAGUCCCCGAAGAGCACAGAAAAGGAGGCAGACACGCAGGUGCCUGUGUCUGUGGGGAUGAUAACUCAGAUGAUCACUCCUCAGCAGAUGCAGCAGAUCCUCCAGCAGCAGGUCUUGUGUCCCCAACAGCUCCAACUGUUACUGCAACAGCAACAGGCCCUCAUGUUACAGCAGCAACAUCUCCAGGAGUUCUAUAAGAAGCAGCAAGAGGAACUCCACCUACAGCUUCUGCAGCAACAGCAUGUUGGAAAAGCCAGUAAAGAGCAGCAGAUGAUGGCUCAGCAGAUGACCAUCCAACAACAGUUACUCUCUGUUCAACAGCAGCACCUGCUAAACCUGCAGAGACAGGGCCUGCUCUCUAUCCCGUCGGCACUUACCAACACACUGUCUCAAGGCCUGAUUCCUCCUGAGCUUCAGCAGCUGUGGAAAGAGACCGCAGACGCAAGACAGGAGGAGAAGAAUAGAGGAGACAAGUCUCCUUCCCCCAAAACCCAGAUCAUCAACCACCACUCCAGCACUAACGGACAUCAAGUGCCUCGACCCGGCCGGAGAGAAAGUUCUCAGGAGAGUCAUUCCCAGAACGGUCAUCCUCUGUACAGCCAUGGCGUGUGCAAGUGGCCAGGCUGUGAAGCAGUGUUUGGAGACUUCCAGUCAUUUCUCAAGCAUUUGAACAACGAACACGCACUGGACGACAAGAGCACGGCGCAAUGCAGAGUUCAGAUGCAGGUGGUUCAGCAGCUCGAAUUGCAGCUCACUAAAGACAAAGAACGUCUUCAAGCCAUGAUGGCCCACCUUCAUGUCAAAUCUACUGAGCCCAAACCAGCCCCUCAACCAGUAAAUCUGGUUUCCAACCUCACUCUUGCCAAGGGAACUGUUCCCAAGACCACUCCCUCUAUGAGUCUUUCCCAGAGUGCCACAGCGCCAUCCACCCCCCUCACAUCACUGCCCCAGACACCCUCUGUCAUUAUCCCCACCAGCCUGCACAGCAUGGGACCUAUCCGCAAACGCUACUCUGACAAAUACAACAUGGCCAUGGACCAAGAUAUUGUGCAGAAUAAGGAGUUCUACCUGAGUGCUGAAGUCAGGCCUCCGUUUACAUAUGCGGCUUUGAUCAGACAGGCCAUUUUGGAGUCUCCAGAAAAGCAGCUAACACUAAAUGAAAUCUACAACUGGUUCACUCGAACAUUUGCAUAUUUCAGACGCAAUGCAGCAACGUGGAAGAAUGCUGUUCGCCACAACCUCAGUCUUCAUAAGUGUUUCAUACGAGUGGAGAAUGUGAAGGGGGCCGUUUGGACCGUGGAUGAGUUGGAGUUUCAGAAAAGGCGACCUCAGAAGAUCACUGGAUCACCUCUGGUGAAGAACAUCCAGAAUAGUUUGGGUCAGAGUCCUGCCCUAUCUGCUCUGCAGGCAGCGAUGGCGGACAGCAAUCUGCCCCUAUAUGGCUCUGCGUCUAUGGGAGUGUCCAGUCUGAAAGCCCUGGCCAGCACUAUGCAUGAGGACAUGAGUUCUCACGAGCAUGACGACUGUUCCCACAGCGAUUCCUCCAGUCUGGAGCUCUCUCCUCUGCCCACACUGCAUCAGUCUCAAAUUAAAGAGGAGCAAAUGGAGGCCGAGGACUAUAAUGGCUCCAUGUCUCCUGAGACAGAUGACCAGCACAGUCCAGAUACCAACCACCACGCUGAAUACACCGAAGGGCACGACUUGGUCUGUCAGCCGGCUUUCUCCUGAAAUAUUCUCCAUCACUUAUUCUCAUUCACAUUCACUGCUGAGAUCUGUCCAAUGUACCAACAGACUCUGAGAACCCUGACACAUGAAAGUUAAAGCCGCAACUAUUCCUCUCGGGAACAAGCGUUUAUUUAUUGUUUCAAUGUACCUGUUUGUGUUGUAUGCAAUGGAUUGACCUCACUGGUACUAAAGGGCUCCUCUGUGUUGAGGCUUAUACAUUAGAAAAGAUUGCCCAUCAACCUGCAGAUAAAGAGUGCAUGCUACACAUCUUUUGUUUGUAAAUUAAACACUACAGCACCUGAAUUGAAUCCGCAGCUUACCUUAAAGGGUAGCUUGUUUCCCUGUCAACCAAGAAAAUUUUAUGCCCGUAUGAAUGAACUUUUUUUACUAAGAUGUCUAGGACCAGAUUUGUUUAGCCUCCUUGAAAUCUCAAGACUAUGAAUUCUCACCUUGUGAAUGCUGAAAGCUCUUUAUUGAAAAUGCAAGUUCGAAUCACCUCAAGUACUGUAGGGUUAGUUGCCAUGUUGGUAACGUGUGGCCUUAAAUUUCGGGCUGCUCAUUGGUAGAAUUGAAACUGAAAUUGUGAAUGUUUAAAAAAAAAAAAAAAAAAAACAAA